AUGGCUGUGACCAGGAUGGUGGAUCCUCCUGACCGAAGCUCCAAAUUUCAUGGCCUAGUACGCGACGAAAGGUGUAAACCAGCAAUUGAUCUUGCUCCAAAGUCAGACUUCCUCGAUCGGGUCACUCUUGCGAUGGGCAAACAAUUACGUCCCGCCAGGGUUUUCCAGACCGUCACCGAAGAGCUGGGCCACCGAAUCUUGCCGCAACAUCAAGUCCAGGCGCCGCCAUGGUACAAGGCCCUGAAGUCGAUCCCCCCUACCGAGACAGUCAUAAGGUCGCGAGCGACCGUUCUCCAGGCGUCUACAUCCAAGAGCAGGAAGCCUCGAAACCUAUUCAAGCCCCAGCAGAUCACCUACGAGGAGGAUGAACUACGAACGAUAUUCUUUAAGGACCAUCCUUGGGAGCUGGCGCGCCCGAGAGUCGUACUCGAACUCGAUGGAAAGGAUUGGCAACGAUGUGAUUGGAGUCGUGGCCUGCGGCAACCCGGACUGGCGAUCAGCGGCGAAAGUGUCGUGCAAAGACAAAUGUGGCUCAUGAACAAUACCGGUUUGCCACGCGAUCAAGCCUACGACAUGGCCAGGAAAGAGUUCUACGCUCUGCGACAGGAAGAGGAGGUCGAGAAGAGGGUAGCUAGAGAAGAGGCCCGGUACGUCGGGGCUUACUUCGGCAAGAACAAGCUGGAUAUCGCGCAGGAUCUCGAGGACAAGCAGUACGAGACUUGGAAGCAGUGGGCACAGUCCGAGGUUGUCCGGAUAGAGCAAGAUCGAAGUGCCUCCUAUCACAAGUUUGGCAAGGGAGACGAAGCUACAGACGACGAUGUUGCGGCGGUUGAGGCUGCUGAGAAGGAAUAG